ACCGCCCCUUUCAAUUGACGCCAUUUUUGUUUUGAUGAAAAUAAACCAUGAAAAUCAUCAAAAUUCACUGCUUUAUCAAAUAUAUUGUUUGAAAUAAUGGACGCCAAACAAAAUAUUUUUACUCAAAGAUUGUAUUGUCAUAAAAAUUGGUCCAAAAAAUGGCGACAGUUAAUUUUUCAGUCCUCCGUGUAAAGGGGUCAGUGUCUCGCCUUACAAAAUUUCGUCUCGCCUGGCUCUUUAUGCAUAUUGAGAAAAAUAGGUGAGAGGAAAUUACUUGACAGUGGCUUGCACAAAAACUUAUUAGCUAUAUCUAAACAGACACAAACAGAGAUACAGUUUUCACAAGCUAGUCGUCAAAGUUAUUUCAGAUUUAAACGUCUUUUUCUGUUAAAACAUGUUCAGAUAAUCUGAACGAACAAUGGAUGAAAUGGAAUAAAAACAACAACAACAACAUGUGAGUUGUGAAGAUCGCAGGACAUGUUUAUAGUGAUCGAGAAUUUACUGAAGUGAUAUAUAGUCCUCUGUAAAUGACUACAGUAGCGAGGGACGCAGUGAAGUUAUGUUGAUUAAGCAUUGAAGAAAGCGGUCGUAAAACUGUACAAUAAGCUCCUUGAAAAAAGGGCUGUACAGGUUUUUAUUAAGCUGUUUGUUUGGUACAGUACGUAAAUCGUGACAUCAUGGAUAAUCAACUGUUUCCAGGGGGCGGAGCAUUCCUGGACGACAUGGCUCAGGGGUGUCCGCUGUGUGGGGUGAUGUUCAACAACACGCUGGCUUAUCAGCACCACAUGCAGCUUCAUAUUCUGUCUGCCAAUGCAAUUUUGGGGAACCAGCCUCCACCUGACCCAGGGAUUAGUAUGCCUACACCAAGCACUAUAUUAGAUCUGAUGGGAGGGGUAUCCCAGCAUCCACUGUCCACUGGUUCUGGAAUGCCUAUGGUAUCACAGCAAGCCAUAUUCUCCGGUUCAGCCGGUUCAAUGCCUCCGCACUUGAUAUCUCAAGGUCUUAUCCCUGGCACUCUACCUAGCAUGGGUCUUCCCCAGCACCCAAGUGUUAGACCAAAAGAAAAGAAGCAGAAAUCUCAGAAUAUUAAGUCAACAAGUACCUCCAGUAUUACCAGUGCUGCCCCACCCAUACAGAGACCUUCAGGCCCUGGGACGUUUAAACCUCAGGAAAAUUCGAGCUCCACAUAUAUAUCAACGUUUCCCAAAGAUUUACAAAAAAUGGAGCUCAUAACACAUAAAUCUCCGAAUGCUCAGCCCUCACAAAGUAAGAUUCCAACAGAUGUGUUCCCAUCAACAGCUUCCCACAUAGAUCCCCUGGAGUCCCUUAUUUUACCGUCUCCAAUCAAAGCUGGUCCCCCUGUGUUUGAGCGCCAGUUGUCAAAGAAGAGUAAUACUUCAACUUCAGAUUCUGGAGGGAUUGUAAACAAGGACUCUAAAAAACUGUUUCAGCCAUUUGUCUCCGUUGAUUCUUCAGUUACUGCUGGCUAUGUGACAAAAUCAAACACUCAUUUUACAUCAGACAAUUUAUUAUCUCCAGUGAAAUCAGGGCCGGUUAAACCUCCACUUCUAGAUGUUCUCUCCACACCGCAGAAAAUCUCUUACCACAGCAAUAACGAGAAUCUCUUUACUUCUCCUCAAACUCUCCCAAACACAUCAAGUGGGGACAUUCGGCACUUUGGAAUGUUUCAGGACCCUGAGAUUACCUCUGUACCUGUGGAAAGAAACUCAGAUUUACCUGCUAAGAUUGUCCCUCUUGAUCAUGAUAAACUCUCUUCUAAGUCACAAUAUUUUUCUGAUAUGGAUCCGUUAAAUGUCUCACCAAAGGCAGGUCAAUCUGCAAGGAAAAAGGACAUUGAUUCUAUGAUUAAGAUGCCAAUACAUCAGGCAUCUUUAGAUCAUAGUCAGAGCUCAAGUCCAGUACCCAGACCAACAUUGCCAGGAGAUUUUGCACCAUUUAGAGCAGAUUCUGUGAGGGCAAUGGUUUCACCGAAAGUCUCUCCAGCCAUACCUCCUAGUGCCGUUGACACAGAUUCUACAUCUCUAUCUCUAAAGCCUCAUUUAUUUGGAGGAGCUACAGUUGAGGUUCUGCCAACUGGAAAUGUGCCAUCAUCUACACCACCAGUGUUCAGCACUACGGCUACAAGUAACGCUGGUGGUCUCACAUCCCUUACUACACCUGCCAUGGAUAUAGCUGUAAAUCCACUAGGAACAGGGUACUUUAACGCUCUUACUCAAAAGUUUAUCGAUCCAACAUUUAAUUUAGCAGGGGAUUUUAAUAAACCAGGCUCUUCAACAGCUGGAGGACUUGAUGAUCAGAAACAGAAAAUAUACUUUGAGAACGGUGUGAUUAUGAAUCAGGAUUAUGAUAAAAUCAGUGACACCAAUGAUGAAGACAAUCUUGAACGUUUAAUAGAGGACAUUGACACUAAAAGUGAGCCAAUCAUAGAUAAGGGGUAUUCUGAGAUUGAGGAUUUAUUGAAUGAAUUUAAUGAAAAGCAAGAAGAUAUGAAAAAUAAAACUCAUAUGGACGAUUUUAUGAAAAAUGAUGACUUUCUGAAAACUGUUAUGGAAGAUUCUUCUAAAAGUAAAGUUGAGAAGCCUGAAACAAGUGUAAAAGUGGAUGAAUCAACCUUCAAUCCACCUGAAGAGUUUGAAAUGAAUAAAAGUAUUAUUACUGAUAUUUUAGAGCAGGAGAAAGAAAGAAUAGAAAAAGAAUCAACUGAACUUGAAAAUGCUCGUCUCAGUAGUUUGAUUAAUACAUCAACAGCCACUUCAUCUUCAGUGACUAUUUCAUCUGCGACUGCAACAAGCACUGUUACCUCAGUAUCAAAUACUGAACCAAAGGUCUCUUCAACAGUAGAAUCUGAAGAAAAGAAAGACGAUGAUCAUGUUGAUUUUGAAAUUCCUAAGGUAGGAAAGUUAAUGAAGAUAAGAAAAUAUUUCCAAAUACAAGAACAGAAACGUAAGGAGCAGACUGAAAAAGUAACUGAAGUAAGAGUUCAUGAAAAAACAGAAGCUCCGCCAGCUGAUGAUAAACCUCAAACAAUUCUUGUCCAAGUCUCUAAAAGGAAAAAAAUUGAAUAUGGUCCAUAUUUGAAUAGGCAGUCAUUAUUAGAAGGUAAACCCAAAGCGAACAUAGAAACAACGUCUCCACCUAAGACUUACCGUCCAAAGCCGAAACCACCUUUACCUGAGAAAAGAACAUUUAAUUUAAGAGAAAGAAAAACAAAAACAGAUUUUGCAACAUUGGCUAGUAAAGGGUCAAGAACAGCUGAGACAAAGAAACCAGAAACUAAACAGAAAGCAAUUGAAAAUGCUGAAAAGGACAUCUCUGGUAAAGAAGAUGGCGAAGAAGUAACAGAGAAGGAAGUAAAUGAUUCUAAGGAAGAAAUUAAAAGUAAAGACCAAGCAAAAAUAGUAACAAGACAUCAAGAAAAAAAGAAAGAAGUUGACUCAUCAGAGAAAAAGAAAGAAACAGAUGGGCAAGGUGAAAAAGGUAAAUCUAAAGGAGGUAAAAUUGUUAACAAACAAAGUAAUGAAAAUGACAAAGAUAAUGAGAAUGAAACUAAGCAGAAAGAUAUAAAAUCAUCCUUACGCACAAGAAGUGCAAGAAAUGAAGAAAAUGCUGAAUCAACUCCACGGACUCGAAAUUCUAAGAAUGAUGUAGAGAAUACAGAUGGAAAAAAUCUAAGAAAGAGAAGUAUCAAAGCUGCUGGAACUGGUGAUGCCUCCAAUUCUAAAGUCAAAGUGAAGAAGACUGAAGAAUCUGUCACAGUUGUAACUCCUGAUACAGAACCAAAAGCUAAUAUUGACUCUGAAACAAAAAUAAGCUCUGACUCCAUGACAAAAAUUAAUUCUGAAUCUGAAGAAAAGGUUACGCGAAGUAAAAGCAAAAUUAAGACCACACCAGAAAAGUCAGGUAUAAAAAAGUGUUCAGUUAAUUUAGGGGAAAAAUAUAAUGAUAUAAAAGCAAGAAGCCUUUUUGACAAAAUGGAUAUUAAAGAGAGUAAAUCAGUUAUUUCUCUUGGUAAAAGUUUAGCCGAAGAAUUAGGAACUAAAAUGGAUGUAGAUGAUUCUGAAAUUGUAUCUGAAAAGUCAGAAAUUAAAAGUGAUAAAAUGAAAAAGACAGAUGAAAGCAAUAAGGAGGCCCUGGAAGAAAAAGAACUAUCAUAUACUCAUGAGAAAAUGGAAGUUUGUGAUGUUCAUUCAGGUGAAAAAGCAGAACAAUCAGUAGACAUUAAAGAAAACGUUAUUAAGUAUAAAGGUGAUAAAAAGGAAUUAGAAAAUGCAGAUCAUAAAGAAGGAAGUAAUGUACCUCAAAAGGUUGGAAAACGUAGUAGUAGAAAUAGGCAUGAAAAGGGUAGUAGAAAAGAAAGUAAUAUAUUUGAAAAUAUUGAUCAUACUCAGAAAAUAAGCAUACGGGAUGAAAGUCAAAUGGUUAGUAUAACCUCUACUGAUAAUACUGAUAAAAAAGUAACUAUGAAAUUAAAACUCGGUCCAAACUUUCAAAAGGCAUUUAAGUUGUUCAAUCCAAAGAAAAGAAAACAUGAGGCAGCAAGUAAUAGUGGACAAUCUAAUGAUAAGGAGGCUAAAAAAGAGCAAAAACUUGAUAAAGAAUCAAGAAAAGAGCUUAAAGCUAAUAGAGAAAUACAAAAGGAAUUGAAUGAAAGUAAAGGUGAUGAAAAGGCAAUAGAUGCUUAUAAUGAUCCAAAAAUUGAGGAAUAUAAAAAUGAAAAUAAAAUGGAAGAAAAAAUAAUUGUUGAUCAGAACAUUGAAACAAAGAUAAAUGAUGAAAAGCACAGUAAAACAGAAGAAAGAAAUAUGGCUGAGGAAGAAAUAAAGGAUGAUACAAAUAUUGUAAAUGAAACUCAAGAAAUGCAAUCAUUCAUAGAAGAGCCUGUAAAAGAUCAGAAUAUGGAAAAGAAAUUUAAACAUGUGUAUGAGAUUGAUACUUGGGAAGCUGUUAUACCUGAAACAAGUUUUGAAAGCAAAUCAAACUAUAAAAAAUCAGAAACAUCAGAAAAGAUAACAGUACAAAAUACACCAGUGACUGAAUUGACUGAAUGCGUACCUUUUGAUAAAGUUUACAAAGACAACUCUGGUGUGGAAUCACUAGAGGACAAAAGUAGUUGUAUGGAUUUUGGAUUUAACACCAACAGUAUAGUGCCAGAUAGUGUUCAACUUCAAGUGCAGGAAAAGGAAAAAGAACUUAAUCUUAAUGUAGAAAAAGCAUUUGGUAAGGAGAGUAAAGUAGAAAAGAAAGUGAAGCACAGUGUUGAAAAUGAAUUUCAGAGGCUUGUUAAUGAAGCUAUGGCAGAGGCACAAAAGGAGGGUGAAACUGCUAAAUCUAAAAAUCUAAGGAAAAGAAUUAAUGAAAAUGUGAAAUACAAUCUAGAUGACUCUGAGGAUGAACUUGAUAAGAUUAAAUUGUUGCAUGAAGGGUUUAAUGUUACUCCUAAAGGUAGAACAACUCCAAAAGGUUCUAAGGCUCAAGGAAAGGGUUCAAAAGGAAAAUCAAAGUUAGAAGUGAUUGAUACAUUAAAACAACAGCAAGCUAAGAAAGAAGGUGAUGUGUAUGAUUUUACUGACACUGAAAUGAGUGAUUCUGAAGAAAGUCCGAAGAAAUUGGGAUUUAAGCCAAAGUAUGUGAGUAAUUUGAAUUUGUUUGGGCAAAAGAAACUCCCAUUUGUUUCUAAGCCAAUGUCCCCUGUAGAAACUUUACAAUCUAAUGAAAACUCAGAAACUGUGCCAGAGGUUGUAGAUGAAACUGUGGAGAAAAGAGAAUCUGAAAGUGAAAAUGCAGAUGCCUCGAUAUCAUAUGAGAGAAAAACAGUUGAACCUUUGAAAAUUAAGUUAACGAAAAUAAUACCUUUCAAAGAGAAAAAACAUAAGCAUAAGAAGAAGAAAAGAAAACGAGAAAAAGAACGAAAAGAAGAUGCGAUGGAGAAAUAUGAUAGUGAAAGUAGGGAUUCAUUUGAUAGUGUUAAUGAUAAGAAAAUUGGUGAAAAUAAGGAUUCAUUUGAUAAGAAAAUGGAUGAUGUUUCUUUUAAACCCAGCGAGUUUGUAACUGAACUUGAAUCUAAUGAUGUGAAAAAGAUCGAAGAUGUUAAGAGUGUUGAUAGUAUGGGACAGGAGUCAAAUUCCAACUCUAAUGAGGGGGAGGAUGACCAGAAUGACAGUGGACUUAGUGGUAAAUCAAAUAAGCGUGCAAAACUGAAGGAAAAGAAACACAUAUGUGAGUAUUGUAAUGUUGGUUUCGGACAAAAGUGUGACUUGAGACGUCAUAUCAUGAUUCAUACGGGCGAGAGACCAUAUCCAUGUCAGAUAUGUGAUAAACGGUUCCAACGUAAAACUGACCUCAACAAGCACACGAGAACACAUACUGGUGAAAAACCGUACGCUUGCGAAUUCUGUGACAAACGUGUUUCAGAUAAAAGUCAGUUAAAUGUGCAUCGCAGACUCCAUACUGGUGACCGGCCAUACUGUUGUUCUAAGUGUGGAAAGCGAUGUAUCACUAGUAGUGAGCUAUCAAGGCACAAGGCAGUGCAUUGUGGCGAAAAAGUGGAAAGGUGCAAUUUAUGUAAAAAGGCAUUUACGAUAAAAGAAUGCUUAGGAAUGCAUAUGAAACUUCAUUACAGAAGUCGUGGAAAGUUAUUACGGUGUGAGAAAUGUGCUAUAGGCUUUGACAAGAAAAUUGACUUGGAUAAUCACCAUUGUGUGGACCCUAUGAAAAAUGUUUACGUGUGUAGUGAAUGUUAUGAGGAAUUUUGUGACGAGAUGCUCUAUGCGGAACAUAUCAAGACUCAUGACCUCGGUGUUCUGGCGUGUAACGUGUGCACUAAAAUCUUCGAGGACAAGCAUAGUCUUGAAACGCACCUGUGUAGCAUGGGAGUAGACAAGCAGAAACAGUUGGCUUGUGAAAUCUGUGAAACAGAGUUUCAGGAUCAAGAUUCUUUGUCCCUACAUGUUGCUACUCACGAUAAUGACUUUGGUUCAUUCUCAUGCGAUUUCUGUUCGGAAACAUUCAAAGUGCGGAGAAAAUUUAUGGAACACUCGAGGCUGCAUGAUCCGAUUAUAGGACCCUCAGUUGGCAAUAGUCCAAGAAAUUCAGGGGUUCCGGUAACACCUAGUCAAAGUUACGACACAGGCCAGUCACCCGCUGAUGCUUCGAUGAAUAACAGUGACAGCAGAAUGGGCGGAGCAGAUGAGUACACAACUAUAAAACAGGAAGUGGACUCACGCGACUUCCAUUUCUUGACUUCAGGUAGUGAAAACGUUUUAAACAGAAAAGAUAACUCAGUUAGUGUUAAAUCGGAGCAAGAAAUGGGUCCUGGAUUACCGAGUAAUCGAUCACGAGCGAGUGUCAUAUCGGGAACGUUCAGAAUAGAUGAUGAAGGGGGAGACUCAAGACAUUCUAACCCGCAUGAAAGAGUAAAUUUCCCGAGAAGUACUUUUAGAAGUGACAGUCUUGUUAAUCUACCUGAUAAAAGUGAUGUACAUGUAAAUAGAAAUUCUAUAAGUGCUAGAUCGCCAGAUUUUUUACCUGGCGAUAGGUUUUUUGAGCCUGCUGAUUUUACUAAUUCACCAGAUUUCUCCACGUUGACAGAAAGCGAUGAUUUAGACCUCAGUCCCUUUGAAAGUGUUUCAAAUUCAUUGAAUCAGGAUAGUGAGAAAAGUGUGAAAAUAAAUCAAAAUUUAAGUGCUAAACAGAUUGAUAGUAUUGCCUCAACAGACUUAAAACAGAAAAUAAUGAAACGGUUCGGGACUAAUUCUCAGCCUUACGGUACUAUUCCAGUCCCGAAAAGUCGGGUUUCCACAUCUCAAGGUGCAAUGCAUCCAACUUCAGCAAGAAAUAUGCCAUUACAGAAUUCUCAGAUAAGUGCUUUGCUGUCGUCCACCUCCACCACUCACAGUUCAGAUCACUCUCAAGGAAAUAACCGGGGUAACUUACACAGGUCCGUGUCAACAGGUCACACCUCUCAGUUUCAAAGUUCACAAAAUAAUCUUGGCCCUGAAGGAUAUCAACAAAAUUCUCAAAAUAAACGCUGGUCAGGAUUUCAAAUAACAGACACCGACUUUUCAUUCCUCGGAGAAAGUAGUAAUAAACCGGAUCAUUUUAAUCAAGGUCUUUCAAAAAGUAUGGGAAACGCUGUUAAUAGGAGUGAUUCGUUUAACAAAGAUAAUAUUGAAAAUCAAAUAAAAUCGGAAAUGUUUUCCGAUUUUGACAUUUCACCAAACAAGCCCUCUCUUUCAUCAAAUUACGGUAACAAUUCAGCCGGAACAUUUCCAGGAGUUAGCACAAACGCUUUUAGUCCGCGACAGUUCAUUCAAAACUUUUCAGAAAAAUCAGACUUCUCGUCCUACAGCCAGCCGUUUAUGGGAAAUUUCCCCCAUUCUCAAAACAUGAACAGCAAUUCCUUAAAAUCUAGUGUGAACCCCGACGGCCAGUAUUCCCUUGACUCUAGUGUUACGCCAGAUGUGAAUAAACGGCAUUUACAAGGUAUUUAUGCGGGACGUUCAGAUAUCCUACAGAAUACGGCAUUCUACCUCCCUGGUGUAGAUGAUACGAUGAAAGAUUUAACUGGCAAUGAUAAAGAUGAGACCACCGCUUUGUUAUCCAAUUUUGACCAGUUUUAAUACUAUUUGUUACGUUUUGAAUUGCUUUAUUGUUCUUUUUUAUCAUUUUUUUUUUUUGUGAAAAAAAUUACAUUUUUUGGUUGUUAUUGUUAAAAAUUACACAUCAUUUGACAUUGUUUGCUACAGUUACUUUUUGACUCAUUUUUUUAAUUUGACAAAAAAAAAAGCAAAGCAAAAAAAAAUCUUUUUGAAUUUAGAAAUUAAUUAUUUAAUUAAUUAAUUGAAAUUAAUUUCAGUUGGCAUUCUUUAGUUCAUCAUUAAAAUGUUAUUUAUUUGCCCUCUGCUUACUUUAUGUAGAUCUGACUACUGAUUUAACUAAACUUGCUGCUAUUCAAUAAGAACAAGCAUCUAAGGGAGGUAAUUAGGAAAUGUCAAGUUGAAAAAUAGAAAAGAGUUACUUCCCAUUAGUCAACUGUAUUACAUAAAACAUAAACACAUAGUUUCACACUUGUUUCAUAUUUAUGAGCUGCUUCAUGAUAAAAAGGACCAUAUUUUGAUUUUUUUUUUCUGAACUAAGAUAACCCUACAUUACAUAUAAAUGUAAAAUAUCCACAUCAUUACAAUUUGUGAUUAAUACAUUUUUCUUUUAACAAACAAAAACUAGAAACAUCACUGAUCAGUGAAUUUGGUCAAUUGCAAAUAACUUACUUAGUGUACAUGUUAGAACGAAAUUAAGAGUUGUAUGUUAUAGUUUAACUUAUAAUUACCUUGUCAAUAAAUUACCGUUGAUUUUUGAAACAUACUAAUCUAUUUGACUGUUGAUUGUUUUGCUUUUAUCAUGUAAGAAAUACGAUUUUCACACACCAACUUGACAAACAUGCAUAGCAGCGAAUAUUAAACAAUAUGAAAAAAAAUGAACUGGAUUAAGUUAUUUAAUUAAACACCAAAUGAUGAAAAUCCGAAUAUGGUCAUUUUAUAUCAUGUGUUAGAAGUGCUCAAUGUUUAUAAAGGACGAUAAUUUAAAACAGCGGUCAGUUUUUUUUUUUACAUCACAUGUUGACGAUUAAAUGUACAUUUCAUCUUGCACUUAUAGUAUAUUUUCUAUCUGUCUUCGUUUUUCUGUCAAAUCCGUCACAAGGACGUAGUGAGUUAGGUAUUUAAUAUGGAGAAUAAUAUUAUAAUACAUAAAAUAGACAUAGGGUUAAACAUUGAUAUUGUAAAUAUUUUCAUCAAAUUAUUGUAUAGAUACAGAUUAUUGUUUCGUUCCUGGGGUCAUGUGUAAUCCGUCGUUAAAGUUGUUAAAGUUAUUUUUAGAUAUUAUUUUUAUCCAUAUUCUAUAGAUGCUCUUUUUUUUCUCUCUCUCUUCUGUCAGAUUUUCCUUUUGUUUACAUGCAAAGUGAUAAUCUUUGUUUGAAUGAUUGAUGUUCAGAAAUUGUUGCAUUUAGAUUAGAAUAUUAGUUCACCGUUGUUGUAUUUUUUUUUGCCAAAUGCUUACAUGAAGUAUUAAGUUGUAUGUGUUUUUGUUGCCAUUUUAAAAGAGAUAUAUAAAAGAAACAACAAAAGAUUAAGUUAUCAUAAAUAGACCAGAAUUUAGUUUUUCUCCAUGUUA